AUGCACAUCGGUUAUACACUUCCUUCACAUAACAUUCACCUCUUUCAGGCGAGACGUGCUAGCUUCAAUUGUCGUGGUGGUUCACCAUUAAACCCUGUAACAAGAGCACCUUCUGUAAAGAAGGUGCAGAAUGUUAAGCCAGUCACAUCCACCGAGUUGACUCGGUUGCAUCUAUCCAAUCUCGAAAAGCUACUGCAGAAGCAAACUGAACCCAACCCACCUGAUCAUGCUGAGAUUUCAAUUGAUGACUUGCUGAGAUAUGGAGUGGGAACGAGGUUUCUUCAAGGCAUGAAUACAUUGAAAAAAGCAAGAGACAGAACACGUGUGUUGGUUGAAAGCCUCAAGAAAUCCUACUUGUUGUUAGAAGGUAAAAAUGAGAACUUCUUUAAAAUGCAUGAUGUCAUUCGACAUGUUGCCAUAUCAAUUGCAUCAAGAGAGGAACAUGCAUUUCUAGUGAAAACCGGUGUCCAAGAGUGGCCAGAAGAAGAUGAAUAUAAAUGUUGCAGUUCAAUCUCAUUACGGUCCAAGAAUAUUCGUGAGCUUCCCCGGAUGGAAAAGCUUGAAGUUUUAGAUUUGUGUAAUAUGCGCGUAUUGACAUUACCAUCAUCACUAAAAAAUCUGCGGAUGCUACGUCUAGUUGACUGCCAGCUGGUGAACCUAGCUUUUGUCAAGGAAUUAAAGAAUCUUGAGAUAUUAAGCGUUAGUGAUUUUGAUCUCAAAGAGCUGGCUCAGGGAAUCGGACAGUUGACUCGUCUGCGGUUGUUGGAUUUGAGAAACUGUUAUAACGUAAAAAUUCUUCCAUCAGGUAUCAUAUCAAGUCUGUCCCGCCUUGAGGAAUUGUACAUACCAUGUUAUUUUAAGCGAUGGGGGGUUCAAGGCAAUGCAAGCCUUGUUGAACUAAAUUCACUGCUUAGCUUAGUCAUUUUAGAAAUUCAUAUACCGAAUGACAUGUUACUGCCCAAGGAGCGCCUGUUUGAGUCGUUGAUCAGAUUUAAAAUAUCCAUUGGGAGUGGAUUUUAUCCUGAGGAAAAUUACUUAGCGACAAGGAUCUUGAAACUCGAAGGUAUUACUUUGAAGAGGGAGCUUAACAUGUUGAUAGUUAAAGCUGAAGUACUAUAUUUAACUGGAUUGGAAGGUUUAAAGAAUGUGCUUGAUUAUAGAGAUGGUAAGGGGUUUCUAGACUUGAAGUAUCUUAAAGUUGAGGAUUGUGAUGAGAUGGAACAUCUAUUCAAACCAAAAUGGAAUGCACACACUAAGGGACCCUCUGCAUCAAGUUCUUUCAAUAAAUUAACUGUAUUAAGAAUUCAAAAUUGUAGAUUGAAAUAUCUCUUCUCCCCAUCCAUUGCAAGAGGCCUUUGGCAACUCCAAGAAUUAAAAAUAAGUAAAUGCAUGUCAAUGGAGGAAAUAGUUAAAGAUGGCGAGGAAGUCGUGGAUAAAAUUAUUUUUCAUCAAUUAAAGAACAUGGAGUUGGAGAAUUUACCAAACCUCAGAAGCAUCUAUGCCAAAAAUAUGAAGAAGAAGUCAACUACAGAGUGUAGAUCUUCCACCCUUGCACAGGCUUUGUUUAAUGAUAAGGUUGUAUUCCCUGCCUUAGAGCAAUUGAACAUUUCAUCCUUGGGAACCAUUACAGCAAUAUGGGACAACCAAUCACUCCUAGUGAAUGAAGCAGAAGAUUCAUUUUGGCGCCUAAGGUACAUGGAGGUAUGUCAAUGUGACAAACUGGUGAAUGUGAUUCUCUCUAAUUUGCUUCCGAGGUUACAGAAUCUGGAGAUGCUUGAAGUUAAAUGGUGUGAAUCAGUAGUAUGUGAAGUUGAAGUGCUUACCAUUGAAAAAGGGUCUACGACAUCAGCACCAACAAUUGUACUCCCUCGAAUAGGAGCAAUGCAUCUAGGAAUGCUACCUAACUUGAUGCACAUGGGAUUGAACAAAAAGGUACUUUCUGAUAGUCCUCAUGUCUAUGAAAACCUAAGCGUUCUCUUCAUUGAUAAUUGUAACAGUGUGAGAAAUGUAUUCUCACCAUCCAUAGCAAAAAACCUUGUGCACCUCCAAGAAUUAGAAGUAACUGCAUGUAAGAAGAUGGAAGAGAUAGUUGCAGUUGAAACUGGACAAGGAGAAAAUAGUGAAGAAGAUCUAGCCGAUGAUGAGAUCCUCAUCUUCCCUCAAUUGAAGACUUUGACACUUGAAUACUUGCCAAAACUCAAAAGCUUUUGUUGCAGUUAUAGAUCCAAAAGAGGGGGACAAGAAAACGAAAGAAGAAAGGAGACUCUUCCCAUAGUGGAAGCACUCUUCAAUGACAAGGUUAAAUUCCCAGCUUUGGAGGAGUUGACAGUUACAGAAUUAAAAAGCCUUAGAGUAAUAUGGAAAAUCAAAUUAUUCCAAGGUUCGGAAGCAGAAGAUUCUUUCUGGAAGGUAAGGCUUAUCGAGGUGUAUGGCUGUCAGAAACUGGUUAAUGUGAUUCCAUCCAAUGUGCUUCCAAGGCUACAGAACCUUGAAAAACUUGAUGUUGACUCAUGUGCGUCAGUUGUAUCCGUAGUUGAAGUGCUGAAUGUUGAAGAAGGGUGUGCAACAUCAGCACCAACAAUCAUACUCCCUCGGUUACGGGAACUGAAGCUAUAUUCACUGCCUAACUUGAGGCGCACAGGGUUGUACCAAAAGCAAUAUUUGGAUGUACAUCAUAGCUAUUCCGAUCUAACAAUUGUUGAUUUUUUUGCUUGUGAUAGAUUGAGAAAUGUAUUUUCACUAUCCAUCGUAAGAAAUCUUUGUCAGCUUCGAGAAUUGAGAAUAGAACGUUGUUGGAAGAUGGAAGAAGUAGUUGUCAUUGAAAAGCGACAAGAAGAAGAAGAAGAAGAAACCGUUGAUGAGAUCCUUGUGUUCCCUCAAUUAAGGACUAUGACACUUCAAAUGUUGCCAGAGCUCAGAAAUUUCUGCUGCAAUUGUGGAUCCAAAGAAGAAGAACAAACGGAGGAGGAUAGUAUUCCUGAGUGGCGAGCUCUCUUCAACCAGAAGAUUAAAUUUCCUUGCUUGGAGGUCUUGCGUAUCAAAGACAUGAAAAACUUCAAAGAGAUAUGGCAUAGCACAGUUCCAACUGAUUCUGUUCCCAAACUGAGAUUUUUACAAGUGAAAAGGUGUGGCGAACUAUUAAAUGUUGCAUCAUCAAGAUUGCUUGGAAGUUUCGAGAACCUAGAAGAACUCAAAGUGCAACUGUGUCGUUUCCUCGAAGAGGUUUUUAAAAUUGAAGGAUCAAAUGCAGCAGCAGGAGUAGAUGGAAGAGAUGAGGGUGUAAGAGACGAAGUGGAAGACGAUCUUUUGCUCCCCCGAUUAAAGAGAGUGUCCCUUGAAGAUCUACCAUGCCUGUCAUGCUUUUGCAUUUCUAAAUUGCCAUCCUUAGUAACAACGUCAAUAGAACGCUGCCCCAAAUUGGAGAUGCUUCCUCGCAAUACCUCAACACUGUGAAGAUAAAAACAAUCAAUGGCCCCUUGCAACCAUUUUGGAAUGAAAUGGUUAAAAUGUCCUAUGUUAGAGAAUGGGUACUCACUGAUGGGGGAGCAUCGCUGCAUCUUUGAGGUGAACCAGUGCAGAAGGUGACUACCUCAACCCUACUACAAUGGGUUGAUAAUGUCAAAGAACUCAGGAUAGAAUCCUGCUUUUCAUUAGAAGUUAGUCUUCAAGCUUGAAGGACUCUAUGCCAUAAAAAGAGAUUGGAAAUAGCCUUUCCAAAUUGAAAACAUGGGAUUGGUUCAUUUACCUGACAUGGUGAAUAGUUGGUAACGGAAAUCUCGGGAGCUUUUGGUCUUUUGCAUGCUUUCAAUCUUGUAAUAGCCUGAGAUAUUCAUUCUCAUUCUCAAUAGCAAGACAUCUCACUAGUUUUUGAAAUCCAUUCUUAAAGGAAGUUAGGUUGGUGAUGUCCUGAAUUGCAGACUCUCAUUUGUACACACGAGCAGGGAGGAUACAAAAAUAACUGGAAAAAUAUCACUAGCCACACAUGCGAGUGACCUUAAUGAUUCUGUGCAGCAGUACAUUUGGAAAGGAAAAGUAGGUAUAGAAUGUUUGUGAAAUUUUACUGUGAGAUGAUGUAGAGAUUUUUAUUAUUUUUAUUUACCUGUGAUUAUGUUGAAAGCAUGUAGCUUCAUUGUUAUUGAUCAAUUUCAACCCAAUUUCAUCUUCGAACUCAAUUUACUUUCGAUUUUCACGUUCAACUCUAGCAGCUCGUUUGCAAGAUCAUGUGAGUCCAGGUCUGCAACACUUUCCACAUGAAAAAUCGGAGUAGGCCAAGUCAACAACUGAAAUUGGAUAUGAGAGGAAACAUUGUCUUUUAAUUAAUGGGUAAAAUGGUAAUUUUAUUUUUUACUUAAAGACUUAAAGGUUGUUUGAUGCCAUGGGAUUAAGUGCAACAUUCUUAGACUUCAAGGUUGUUUGCCAAAAAAAAAAAAAAUUGAAAAAAAAAAAGGAAAAGAAAAAAAGGGUAGUUUUCAAUUCAGGGGGUUUCUUACAAUUCGUUCAUAGUUCAUAGGAAUAGUGCACUUAACCCUAGAGAAUAUAAUAUCCACAACUAGAUAUUAUAUCAUUUAAUA